CUAUACAACUAGGAUUGUACAACAGGUUUAGCCAUGGCUUGGCUGUGGCGCUGCCUAAGAGAUGCGGCGAUGCACGGUGGGGCGCAGCAAAGUGGAGAUUUGUCACGACGUGGAAUCGAAAGGUGUUUGCCUACGAGCCGUAGAGAAUGUGGAGCCUGGAGAGACGCUGCUCACCGAACUGCCUUUGCUGAGCACACCGGCAGCCCAAAAGCUUGCGGCCCGCCAGUGCACGGAGGCUUUCUGCGCCAGAUUGCCCAAGCAGAGUCCUGAAGACCAAAUUGUGGUGUGCCUGGCAAAGCGCUGGAUCCCAGUGUUGUACACUUUUGCAGAAGCUGCAGCGGAUGUCAAAGAAGCUGUGCUGAGCUUGCAGACAGACUUUGCAGUGCCGGACAGCAGCAUGGCACAGAUGGUUGAGCGCCUGUCCACGCUUUUGCACAGCUCAGGUUUGUUUUCAGGCUCACUUCAAACUCAAGCAGCUCUUUCAAAGCGAGAUAUUCGUUCUGUGUUGGGCCUCAUGAUCAUCAAUGCGGCUGACACAAUGCCAGAUGGAUCGGAAGCAGUCUUUUACAUGGGCGCAAUCAUCGAGCACUCCUGCUCGCCAAAUACCAAAUUUUGCAUACAGUCCUGCGAUGCGAAAGAGGCAUCCAAGUUGCUGGGCAAAGGAUCCGAGACGCAGAUGUGGAUUGGCGAGUGGCGAGCCACAGAGGCUAUCAAGCGUGGAGAGGCGGUCACAACGAGCUAUCUUGAGCCGGAGCUACUGCAACGAAGCUGCGCAAGUGAACGGCGCCGAGUUCUGCGGGCCAGAAUGGGCUUCGAGUGCGCCUGCGCAAGCUGCGCAAGCUGCUCAGACCCGGCAAAGCUUGUCUUCAACCUCGCCGAGAUGGAUUGAGAACAGGUGACCACUGUGAAUGCUUGUGAAAAGAGAGCCAGUAUGCGCAGCCGGC